ACAACGAUUUUCAACAGCAUUUGAUACAAAAAAUACAUUGAAAGAACAUCGAAUAUACAGCAUAAAGAUGUCGGACAAAUACUACCGUCUAAUAUGUUUUGUGGUUAACCUGUGCCCUGAACUUUUGAGAGAUAUAUUUCUCAAACAUGCGAAAAGUGAUGACACCACAUAUACCACACUUCCGACAUAUCUUGCAACAAAGAACUCAGAAAUUAAGAAAAUGUUAGAACAGAGACAGAUUAGAGAAGAUCAGUUUUUUGUACUAUAUCCUGUUCAGGGCAACACAGACGAAUCAGAUUGGGAUGUCAGUUUACUCGUGACCUUAAUUAUCAGGUUGUUCAAAGCAAAGCUGAGUCCCGUGGAAAAAUAUUAUAUCAAUGAAAUUCGGGAAGUCAGAAACGACUUGCAACAUUUGCCAGAUACUGCGCGGUUGUCUGAUGAUGAUUUUGAUACAUAUUGGGGACGUUUGGAAACCGCAACUACGACUUUAGCAAAACAAAUAUUUGGCUUAACGUACGAAACCAGUUUCAAGAAAAAAAGUAGCUACACCAAAACUAACCAUCUUCCUGAUCUAGGUGAUCAUUUACGAGUAUGGUAUGAAGAAAUAAUCAAGCAGUUGAGUUAUAAAUUUGAAAACUUUACUGAAACAUUAAAAGACAUUUCAACAGAUACAAGAAGCACAACCUCACUUAUGCAGAGUGUGACUAUAGCAGAACCUGGAAAUUCAGAAAACAAACGACACAGACUAAGAGUUCCUGAUAGUUCUGUACUUUCACAUUUACAAGUUCGAUUCGAAAAAUCAAUCAAUGCAUUACAAGACUGCUUCAGUGCUUCCAGAGAGAUAUUAGAAAUCCAGAGAACACUGAAAGAAAAGCACUACGCUGUCAUAGCCGGAACGUACAACAGCCAGUGCUCUGAGAUAGCUCUUGCAGCAGUUAAAGGAAUGAGUUACAAUCACAAACGGUGUGUAGAAAUACAUAGACCGUCAGACUGGCGCCUUAUUAGUCCAGAGGAUGUUGAUCUGGUUAUAUUUAGAGAUCCCUUCGGAAGUACCUCAUAUGAUGAAAGUAAAGCAAGUAGUAUGGCAGAAAACUUCGACAGCAUGCUACAAAUAACAAAGGAGAAUGGCGGCGAUGAAACUAUCCACAUUGUGAUAAUAACAGACUUUACAGUCUUGGGAGAAGUUAAACAGAGGCAUGAUCAUGAUAUUUUGGAAGAUGUUGUGAAUGUGUUUGGAGCUGCAACUGAGGAACACCCGGCUGACCUCACACUUGAGAGUGGCCGUCAAGUUUCUUGCUUUUCUAGUACCCAUAACUUACCAGUUAUGACGAAAUACUUCCUUGACCAGUAUAAAUCAUCAAGUGAACUUGUAAAAAGAGACAUUCUACAAACAGCAAGAGAUACAUUUAAGAAAAAUAAAUCAGUCGUCAUAGCUGGUCCAAAACGUUGCGGAAAAACUUCUGUUGCAGUUGCAUUAGCGUCGUCAUACAAACCGUCAGAGUGUUUACUUCUCACAGGGCCCAGUGACGUAAAGAAAAUUGACUUUAGUAGAGAAUGCUUGAUAAUCAUUGAUGAGUUCGCUGGGAAGUAUCGAUAUGAUGAGAACGUCGUAUACAAUUGGUACGAGAUGUUUGACCUACUGAAUACUGUGUUGUCAAAUGGAAAAAUAAACGUUGUAGCUACAAGCGAAACGAGCAAGCUAGAAAGAUGUUGUGAAGAGAUAAAUAUCCAUCCUCUCCUCGAGCAUAGAGUAGAUUUGACUGAAAAUUGCAUCGUCCUCAAGCGAAAAAUAAAAACAGAAGUGCAUGAGAACUCCAAACGUUUUAAAAGCAACAGUGUUAAAAUCUUACAGUCGGGUUCGAGCAUAUCCCGUGCAAAAAAGCUACCAGUAUGGUCAGCCGAUGCUAUGCAGACGGAUAACAUUAGAGCAACGGGAGACAGAAGAGCCUGUUAUAUCAAAGGUGCUUGCAUGUUGCCUUCAGGAAAGAUGCUAAUAGCGGAUUGGGAAAACAAAAAUAUUAAAAAACUUGAUGAUAAAUACAUGUUGAUCAGUGUAUGCAACCUUUCCGACUGUCCAUAUAGUAUUUGUUACAUAGGUAACAAUAAAGCCGUGGCAGCGCUUCGAGGAAAGCAGCUGCAGUUUGUGGAUGUCCGAGAAAUGACAAGGACCAAGACAAUGAAAACUAACCAUCUUUGUAAAGGACUGACAUAUCAUGAUAAUCAGUUGUAUGUUAUAGAUCAUAAGUCUGUCUAUGUGUACAGUACUUCCGGUAAAAUGCUGCGUGUUCUGUUCACUUGUACCUCUCAAAAUCCAAAUCCUGACUUCCGGCACCUUGAAGUAAGUUAUGAUGGCAGUAAAAUUUAUAUCGCAAACUUUAGUGAAGGUCUUGUUACUAUUGACAGUUCUGGGAAAACGCUUUAUACGUUCACGGAUUCAAAACUUCCAGAUAUCUGUGGUGUAUGCGUAGAUGGGGCGGGGCAUGUAUUGGUUUGUGGCCAAUUGUCCAAAAUUGCAUUAAAAAUAAGUGGUAAUGGUAAACAGAAACUUGGAAUUAUAUGCAAUCAAUCUGGUGAUGCAAUUUGUGGUGACACAAUUUUCUUUGACAAAAGAAACGUUGCUUUAGUAACAGCUGGAAAAUCAUGCAAUAUGUCAGUCUUUAAGCUUUAGGAUGUAGGAACGACAUUUUUCUAAAGUUAAAAAAACUUUUGAAGAACAUAUUAGUUUCCAAGAUACAAAUGUAAACAAAAGAAGAACAAACACAGGCUACCAGACGCUUUUUAAUUUUAUAGGGCAUUUUCUUCAUUCACUGUUUAAGCGCUCAUGAAAAUUUGUAAAAUUAAUAAAAUUGGUCGUACUUUAUAAAUUUCUGACGUAAAGAUUUUCAAAAUACUUUGCAGCUUACAUGACACACAAAAAUGCUUCAGAAUGGAAAAAAGUUGGGGCUUCCGUUUAUCUAAGAGAUUUACUUAGAAAGAAAGCUGUUAAAAACUGGCGAAUUUUGAUAUGUUUUGUCCUUUUUGGUUUAAUUUAUAUUUUGUAAAUAAUAUAAAGUACUAUCAUGAACACUUUUAUUUUAAUUAUAGCUUAUAGCUAUAUGUACCAGUCAGGAAAAUAUCAAACCAAACCUGAUCUACUUCAGUAGAAAUUUGAAACUACCUUCCCUAUAUAUAUAUAUAUAAUAAUAUAUAUAAAUAUCAAGUUCCAUUUAUAUCUGCUUUCAUGAUUUUUGUUCGCCCGUUUGGAAAAAAAGUUCGAAUUAUGUGAUGGCUCGUGUGUUUAUCUGUCCGUUAUCUGUCCGUUUGUUCGAGCCCACACUUCCAUGCUUACGUGGCUAUAAGAGGCUAUCCGUAAGGCUUUAACGUGGUUACCUUUCUUUAACGUGGCUAAAGGAAAAUAGAGAGAACAAAAGACCCGUAUGUAGGAACGUCCGUCUCAAUAUUCAUUCAAGGAAUCUACCUUAAACCCGUUGAGAUAUAGGUAGGUGAAUAGAAGACAAUGGCCAGCAUAUAUGAACCAGGUCAAAAGUCAAGGUCAUUAAUGGAGAUCAAAGGUCAAAUUUUUCCACAUAUUUCGUGUCCGCAGAAGCACAAUUUAAUAACUAUUCAAGGCAUUGACUUGGAAUACAGAUCAGUGUCGAAGAUUUAGUUUCUUUUCUGUGUAUUUAUUUUUCCAGAGCACAACUUUUCAAGUUAUUGACUUUAAAUUUGGAAUAUAGGUGGGUGGUGAUAAGGUGAAUAUAAUUAAAUGCAAAUAUCCUCAUUACAUUUCUAUCCGCCAUCCAGCUGGCUCACGGAAGGUCGGUAGUUCUACCCAGAUACCCGCUCAUGAUGAAAUAAGGCACGAAGGGACACCUCAAGUCUUCCUUCACCUUCAAAGCUAGAAAGUGGUCAUAUGAACUUUAAUUGUGCCGGUGCGACGUUAAACCCAACAAAAUACAAAAAGAACUUUCCUACUCCCCCUACCUUCAACAAUGUCCCAACUACCCAUCGACCUUAAAACACCACGAUAAAACACUGUACGCCAAAAGUCAGGUUUAAAGCAAAGUUAUAUUUGUCCGUCAUAUUUUGUGUACAGAACAUAACUUAAUAUUAAUUGACUUCGAACUUGGCGAAUGCAAAGGUUGCAAUCUGAAGAUUUAAGGAGACUCAGUGCAACAGAAGUCCACGUAACUCCUCCCCCACCCCCACAUAACUAGAUGGAUUUACCUCGAGUGUAUUGUGCACAAAAUGUUAUCACCGCCGCCGCACAAAGUACCCGCACACCGGCACACUUCAUAUUCCAAGACAUAUACACUUAAAAUUAUUUUCUUUCAAUUGUAAUUUCUCCUCCUCUGAUCUGAAGCUUAGAGUGUAUAUUGCCUUGCUAUACGGAGUUCGUGUUAUGCUCAUUUGAUGGGAUGACAUGCUCCUUUUAUACAGAAUGCCAUACAUUAUCUUACAUUAUGAUCUGUAUUACAUUAUUACUAUUUAGUCAUUCAUUUUCUUUUGUCGGACACGACACUCAGAAUGCUAUUAAAAACCUAAAAUCAACAACUCAACAUAGCGGUAGUACGAGUGUUAUUUCUACGCUUUGCAGUAAAUUUGUACAACUAGACCACUAGAAUUCUAGACAAAUAGAAUUAAAAAAAUAACAUAUAAAAUCUUAUUGGCAUGUUCUCCUUUUUGCAAUGACUGUUCUUGCUUUUACAAACUCACGUGUACGCAUACACAAACCUCCAUCGAAAUCCUUGGCUCAUUCCGUAAGUAUCUUUCAGCACCCGCAUUUACAUAUACUCCCUAAACCAAUGUAUACAAUUGUAACCAUGACACAGAGCAGUCUGAGAUUCCAAAUUAGUCGUUGUUAUUGUGAUUUCUUUGUCUUUAUCUUUGUAAAUGAAAAUACUUUUACUGAAAUUGUUCCUUCUUUGAGAUUUUACUUGUCUGCGGACACCCACGGCAUAUUUGUAAAAUCGCAAUAGCCCGGGCUUCAAGACAUACGAAUUUCACACAACUGCUGCCUUGUAAAUAUGUAUAUUCAUUAGUAAGAGUAUAAUUUUGAUGCAAGCUAUGUGUAUGGUAAAAUAAACGAGUCUAUAUUAUGUAUAAAUGGAUAUGGCAAAGCUUUUAAGGUCAUUAAUAUAUCUAUUUUAUGCUUAAUUUGAUUUAUAAAAGUGAGUCAUUGAAGCUUUUUGUCGGACAGAAUUUGUUAUGCUGACUACCAUCGAUUGUGACUGCAUUUAUCAUUCUGCCAUUUGAAAAAGUUGUAAAAUGUCUGCACAAUCCUUUACGGACCCUAUCUUUUGUUUCAAUGAUUUUUAUAUUAUAUUUUUACAUUGACUACAGGCCCGGAUCUAGAAAUAUUUGAAUGGGGGACACCAGUCUAGAAUGAAGCAUCACCGUUAGAACAGUUAGAUAUGGGACGGGGGCUCUGCCCAUGAUAGGAGGGUCAGGGGAUCUUCCUCUGGAAAUAUUUGGCAUACAUAUAUAAAAUGGUGGUGUCUGUUACAUUUACAGGUGAAGGUACUAUCUUUAUUAUUUUUGGUGGGGUCAGGGGGCUCUCCCAUGGUAGUAUUUGAAAUGCAAGCAUGAAUCGGCGGCCUUGGUGCAUUUUUAUGUCUAACGUUUGAAGUAAUGGAUUAGUUACUCGCCUACUGAUGGGGCGAGGGUCAGAGGGUUCUCCCCCUGGACAAUUUUGAAAUAAAGGUAUGAAAUAGCGGCCUCUGGUGCGUUUCCGGAUCUACAUUUUGAGAAAAAAAUUAUUCCUUUGCCAAAAUAUUAGGGUGUAUCUUUGAUGAAUUUAGGCCAGCCAAGUCGGGGGUGGGGGAGGUGGAGGAGGGUACACGAGCCCUCUCGGCCCGGCCUUGGAUCCGGGCCUGAACUAUUAAAAGGUUUAUAUUGUAUUUUUAUAUAGUGUAUCAUUUCUUAAAAAAUUAAGCAUUGAAAAUAUACAUUGCCUAACAUGAAUCAAACAUAUUUUUAAGGUAAAAAUCAGUUUUUGGCUUAUAUAUUUGCUAUUUCUUUUAAAAGACACAAAUGCCAGAAAAAAAUCUACCUGCGCAAAUUUCAAUAUAUAAUUUGGUAAUUAUUUUUAUUGUAUUAUUUAAUAAGAUGUUUGUAGUUCGGAAACCUUAAUGGACUGACAAAAAAUCCCAAUUAAAAAUGGUUUAACUUUCUAGAUGGCUUAUCAUUUGUUUAAAUGUUUUACAUCAUUCUGUAAUGCUGUUACUUUUUGAAGUUCUGAAUGAAAUACUGUCAGAGCGAAAUAUUAAUAAAGUACUUAAUAUAAAUUAA